AACAACUCGGGCGUUACUUCUCCACAUCAAUUAUCCGUGACGUGGGCGCCGCCAUGCGAUUGGGAUAAGGGCGGCUGGCAAAUGCAGAGCAGCGCCGACGAGCGCAGAGAAUAUUAUAGAGGACAAAGAGGCAGAAGAACUGCAUCGCAGGACGAUAACAGAUCUUAUGAACUAAACGAUUUUCACGCACAAAACCAAAGCAGCGACGUCGAGAGCAACCAGCAGGACUCGCCCUACGAACAGCAGCAAAAUGGCGCCGUCGAUGCUGAUGAUGACGAGGAGGACUACUCAAUUUCCGUAUCGGCGAUAAUGCAAAGACGUGCCAGUGUGCGUGGCUAUAGAGGCAAACGUGGCAGUCGCAAUUCGCGCCGAGCAUCGAGUCCCAUGGAUCACGUGCUGGAUAGUGUGGAGCGGCGACGCUCCAGUGUUUAUACCACAAGCUCAGAGGAGGGCACCAAUCAGGAGUCCACGCAGGAGCAAAUCUUCGAGAACAUACGCCUACACAAGGAGGUCAUACAGUCGGUCAAACUACAGCCAUGGCCCAUACGCAAGAAGGUCAAGCUGGUGCGCCAGGCAAAAACGUAUGUGGCACGCCACGAGGGCGCGCUGCAGGAGCGCUUUGCCAUGUCACGCAGCACGAGAGAUUUGUGGGCGAGGUUUAAAAUUUUAAUGGCAGCGCGCUGGCGGCACUGGAAAAGGGAAACCGCCAGCUUUCUCACAGUGCUCAUACCCUGGGAGCUACGCAUCAAGGAAAUCGAAUCGCACUUCGGCUCCGGCGUCGCAUCCUACUUUACAUUCCUGCGCUGGCUCAUGUGGGUCAACAUUAUGAUUGCCAUACCGCUCGUUGCCUUUGUCAUUGGACCGGAGUACUUUGCCACCAAGCACGAUGAGGCGGAUCCGCGCAAACGCAUGUCCGAGCCUGAAUACAAAGUGGCUGGGAAUCUUUUUACAUUUUGGGAAUUCGAGGGCUAUCUGAAGUAUUCGCCCAUGUUUUAUGGUUAUUACUCGAGCACUUCCGGCAUCAGCACAUCCGGCUACAAGCUACCCUUGGCUUAUUUUCUAACUGCCGUCUUGGUCUACAUCUACAGCUUUGUGGCCACGCUGAGAAAGAUGGCUGAGAACUCGCGCAAUUCGAAACUUUCCUCGAAGGAUGAUGAGUGUGUGUUCUCCUGGAAGCUGUUCACCGGCUGGGACUUUAUGAUUGGACACGCAGAGACAGCGCAUAAUCGCAUCGCAUCCGUUGUGGUUGGCUUCAAGGAGGCGCUACUCGAGGAAGCUGAAAAGAAAAAGGAUAAUCGCAACUGGCGCGUUAUCCUGCAAAGGAUACUGGUGAACAUUUUGGUCAUGGGCUUGCUGGGAUUAUCGGGUGCCACGGUCGUACUGCUGGUGAAUCACUCCGAGGAUUUGGCCAAGCACGACAAUUGGCUUAGCCGCAAUGCAGUGAACGUGACGAUGACGCUGCUCUCCUUCUUCCUGCCCAUGAUUUUCGAGGCCCUGGGCUUGUUUGAGAACUGGCAUCCCAGGCAACAGUUGCGCCUGCAAUUGGCUCGCAUCAUGAUAUUGAACAUGCUGAAUCUGUAUUCGCUUAUGUUCUCGUUCAUCUACAAGAUUAGCAGCAAAGAUAAGCCAUUGCAAAGGCUGAAGCUUGAGAACGAUACCAACACUCAGGAGCUGCACAGUUUGAUGAGCUCCAUUGCAGCACUGCGCGCAAUGACAACUACGACGCCCAUCUACAGCGACAGCACCUCGGAUGGAUUCUUUGACGACCUGACGACGACGGCGACGCCCUGGGGCGCCGAUAGCAGUGGCUCCACAGAUUCUAUCUACUCGAGCACAGCUCUGGGUGCAGCAUUGGUGUCCGCUGUGCAGAGGCUCAAGUGCUACAACAUAACUAUAAAAUGCUCAAAACCCAGACAUCUGUGGAUUACAUCGAAAAAUAUAACAACUACACUGCUGUUACUCAAUAUGUCAACGACAGCGAUAUUGCCGACAACUACACCUAGCACCACGGAAGCCGCAACAACCACUUGGUCAACUUUGCCACCAAUACCAACUACAACAGAAGCGACUACAGUACCGACUACACUUCCUUGGACUACUUUACCUACAACAACCACUGAGGCGACAACCCCAACAACACCAACAACAACGCCGUCAACAACGCCUUCGACAACAACAAGCACUACGACAACAUUUACCACUGACGAGGACCCAGCCUAUGACUACGGCAGUGAUGAGCCACAGCUGGACUCCUCAACCACAACAACAACGCCGGCUCCGGGCAACGACAGCUACUUCAACUAUGUAGAUUACUUCGAGGGCGCCGAACUGUCCGAUCCUGGCGACGACUAUCAGUCAACCACUGAGGAAUCAGAUGAUCCGCUGGCUCAAGUGCUAGCCCAAGUGGAUGAGUCCCCCGAAAAAACGAGGAAUAGAAGAGCUGUGCCCGAUCCACCUGUUUGGCAUACGAGCAAAUACAGUCGAAGACAUCGCAAUGAGACAAGAAUUCUUUCUAGUAUUACCACAGAGCCGUCAACUACUGCCAGCACCCCACCCAGCAGACCCACGUACACCCCAUCCUACAGACCACCGAAGCGAGUUCUUAGCGAAGAGGAAUGGAAUCGCCUGUUGAAUCAGGUGCGUGGAGGACGCAGCAGAACAACUACAACUUCCACGACUACAGAGCGGCCCACCACUACGACGACAACAACGACUACAACGACAACUAGGAGAACAACAACCACUGAGGAGCCUACAACGACAACGGACAGCUACGGCACGGAAUCUAGCAGUACCGACAGCAGCAGCAGCAGCAGCAGCAGUUACAGCCCCACCAGCACCACUGAAGAAUUUGAGUACACAGAUCAUAAUGGAGCCACCAUCACGCCCUUUUUUAUAGGCGCCGAUGAUAUAGCAGAUGUGGGAAGCACCGUUUACUACGAUGAUGACGACGAUCUCGAAUAUUGUGUGAUAACCGUGUGUCCGAAGGCCGGCGAAGACAUCUUUGGAGGCAGCACCACACCCGAUGGAUUAGACACCACGCUGAGUGGUGAAGUCAACCAUCCCACGACCGUAAAAAAGACAGCACUGGAACUAAAAAUGAUAAGGAUGAAGGAAGUUGAGCUGACACUCAAACAAAUCCAAAUGAAUCUGACGACGAUGUGCUGGGAGACAUCCCUCGGUCAAGAGCUAUCAAAGGUCAUCGUCUUCGAUGGGCUGAUGUCCAUUGUGGCGCCAUUGUGCAUCGACUUCUUGCGCGCCCUAUUUGUGCGAUAUGUCAAUCAAAACUGGUGCUGGGACAUGGAGAAAACGUUUCCACAGUAUGGCGACUUUAAGAUAGCCGAGAACAUCCUGACGUUGAUUAAUAACCAGGGCCAAGUGUGGAUGGGCAUAUUCUUUUCGCCGGGGCUGGUGCUCAUCAACCUUGUCAAGCUGAUGAUUAUGAUGUACUUCAGGUCAUGGAUAGUGCUCACAUGCAAUGUGCCCCACGAGGUGGUCUUCAAAGCGUCUAAGUCCAACAACUUCUAUUUAUCGCUGCUGCUGACCAUGCUGUUCCUCUGUGUGCUGCCCGUGGGCUAUGCAAUUGUCUGGCUGCGUCCCUCCUGGCAUUGCGGGCCAUUCUCGGAGUACAAUCGCAUUGCGGAAUUCAUUACGAAUACCACGCGGAACGCGUUGCCUAAGCAACUCCACGAGCCUCUGGACUAUCUGACAUCCUCCAGUACCGUUAUACCUUUGCUACUUCUGCUCAUACUCAUCAUCUACUAUCUUAUAUCGCUGACUGGCGCGCUCCGCGAGGCUAAUCAAGAUCUGCGCACUCAGCUGCAGAAGGAGCGAGAGGAGGAGCGCAAGAAGAUUUUCAAAGUACCAGAGGUUAAGCAGGCGGAACCAACGGCCACCACGUUGACAAAUCGCUGGCGCAAGGUACUCGAGGCAUCCUCCCCUGUCACGCCCACACAGCCACCAGAUUUCGACACUGAGGAGUACAAGAAUCAAGCUAGAAAAGAGCUCAUCUCACGCAUCAUGAAGAAGGCGCUGCGAAAGGGCUCGGCCACCUCGGACGAGGACUCCUUUGUGCGACGCGAUGAUGAUGACACGGACACUGAGCACCAGGACUCGCUGCCUCACGAUGAAGAGCCCAAGGAGAAGCGCUUUGGCCUGUCACGCCUGCAACAGAUACGACGCACUCGGAAGCCAUCGCUUGUGGACAUCGUGCAGAUUGCCAAACAGGAGCGGGCACGUUCCGGUUCCAUUGCGGCAGCCAAUGCGGCACUGGGUGGUGGUGGCAGCAGUCCGGGCACAGGCGUUGGUGAUGGCGGUGACCACUUUCCCGUUAAAGAGCCACAUCCCAAGAGCCGCUUCAAAAUCGAGAAACAUGAGAAGAAGGAAAGGGAAAGCUUUAGGGAUAAAAGGGACAAGCACAAGCAGCCGCACAACGAGUCGACGUCACCGAAGCCCAUCGAACAUGAUGCAGAGACAAACACUCGCGUUGUCAACGAACGACGCAUUAGUUUACUGCGUCGCAAGCGAGAAAAGGAUGAGCACUCAAAGCCAACAACGCCGGAACCGGAAUCACAGCCCCCCUCAGUUAUGACCGCGGAUCAGCCCACACCCGAAAGCAAAUUUCACAUUGUAGACGAGAAAAAGCCAGCAGAGCAUGAGGAAGAGGAGCAGGAAAACCCAUUCAAGGAAUUGCCGCCGCUUCCAAAAGAAGGUGGCCAUCUAGAAGGUCUUGGCUUGGGUAAGUUUAAGUUCCGCAAACACAGAUCGAAGGCAAACAUCGUGGCGGCCAAGCCCGAACCCGAGGUCUUCAAGUUUGAUGAGCAAAGUCUGGAAAAGAACAAGUCUGGUGAAAUACCACAAGUGCCCAGUUCCGAGCACCUGAACAGCGAACAGGCCAGUGGCAGUGAGCCGCAUGCGCUGCCCUCGCCCACUCCCAGCCAGAUGCACAGUCAGCGCCAAAUGAACGCCGAAAAGUUGGCGUCGCUCUCACGCCAGGGGCGCAAGAAAAUUGGUUCGUUGCUGGCCUUAGUUCGCGAGGCGGUCAACAUCAAGAAGGAUGACGUGGAGCAGGGUUCCGAUGAGUCACCAGGUCCAACCACGCCUACAUACUUGGCUUAUACACCACCGCCACCGCCAUCGCUACUGUCAAGCAAUUCGAGCGCCACAGCAUUGGAACUGCCGCCCACACCGGAACCGGACUCGCCUACGCCUAGCGCGCCUUUGCACUUUGGCAGCAGCACAUCCUCGGCAGCCAGUCGUCCAACUGUCAAAAUACCACCAAUGUCAACCCCUGCCUCAAGCUCGACGCCCACCUUGGCCACCAUGGAUGAUCUUGAGGAAUUGGAUAUGCCCGGUCCUAUAACGUUCCCAAAACGCAGUGCUUCCCAGCGGCGACGUGUCAUGAGAGAGGACUCCCAAAGCUCCCUCUGGUCUGAUAAUAUACCAACAAUUACCAUCAGCACCACCGGCAGCGACGAGUGCAUCGUGGAACAGGAUCCAACAGCUGCAGCUGUUCCAGCAACCCCAGCAGCAGCCGCUAUAAAUGGACUGCCCGAAGGCAGCGAUUCACCUGGCCCCACGGUCAACAUCAUAAAGAUCAACAUAGAGGAUAGCGACGAACAUUAAAACUAUUUCCACAACUCUUCAG